GUAGCAACAGGUCAUUAAAGGGAAAAUAAUCAUUGAUAAAAACUCAAAAGGCGGAACAUCUUUGAGAACAAUUUUAUCCAAGUUCAGGAUCCAGGAUUUGAAAUUUUCGCGGAAAUGUCGAAAACCGGGGACGAGCGAAUUGGGGAUCUUGUUCGAUCGAUUGAAAUCGAUACAUUGACUGAGGAAGAAGAAGCUGAAAUACUCGCAUCCAGGAAAGCAAAAAUCGCAAUAAUUGGAGUUCCCUGUGAUGAAGGCGUGAAAAGAAACAACGGUCGCCCGGGAGCCCAACAGGGUCCAUCAGUUUUCCGACGCAUCCUUGCCAGAACAGGAACACUGGAGAACCCGGAAUUCGAAAUCGACUUGAAGCAGGCCAUUCUCAUCUUCGAUCUGGGCGAUGUUCCGGUUCCGAAUUUCUCUGCUAACCGAGGUCCCGACGACGACCAAGACGAGCUGGUCGGAUUUCACGCCGAAAUCAAGCGGUAUUCCCGCUGGGCCUUGAGCCGCCGCAUGAUCCCGUUCGUCGUCGGCGGCGGCAACGACCAGAGCUACGCAGUGGCCAUGGCGGUGGUUGAACACGUCAGGGACAAUAAGUUUGCCAUGGGUGGGAAAGAUUUUAUCGGCGUCGUCAACAUCGACGCGCAUCUCGACGUCCGGCCGUUGAUUAACGUGUCCGUUGGAGCAGGCGGCGACCAGAGGCGAGUUUAUCGCGCAAAUUUGGAACUGAGGCAUUCGGGUAGUCCAUUUCAUCUCUUGCUAAGGGAUCCAGCAUUCCAGUCUAUUGAAGGCACUGACACUGACGGCGACAGGAACCAGUUCGUGGAAUACGGUGCUCAGGGGAGUCAGUGCUCGAAAGAACACGCCACAUUCGUUAGGGAUAACGGAGGACGAAUUGUUUGGCUCAACGAGCUUCGCGGUGGAAUCGCACCCAUGAGUCUGGCGUUGUCUCGAUUUCGCGGCGUUUUGGACAGCUUCGGACUGAAGGUGAACGCAUUGGUGUCCUUCGACAUCGAUGCCAUUCGGUCUGCUGAUUGUCCCGGAGUGAGUUGCCCGUCUGCAGUUGGACUGACUGCCGAGGAGGCCUUGUCAAUUUGCUGGGAAUCCGGAAGCAGGGACAUCGUCGUUGCGUUCGACACUUCCGAAUUCAACCCCGUCAUCGAGGCGGACAGGACGGGAAGAUUGCUGGCUGCCAUGUUUUACAACUUUUGUCUAGGUGUCGCUAAACGUCAGUCGUCGCGUUUAUGAACACGACCGCGUCCACUGCAUUUUCAUCAAAUCAUCGUCGUGAGAUUCUUGUAACCAAGGAUAAUGCGAUGAUUCAUGUCACUAAGAAGAAACCAUCUAUAUAUCGUUGAAAAUCUCACUUUAAAAAUGUCCCUGCUGAUUGUGCAAAAAAAAAAGGUCCACGGGGAAAUUGUCAAUUAUGGGGGUUCGGACUUAGCUCUUGAUCUACUGAAAAUUCACAAGAAUCGUUUAUUUUAUUUCUGGAUUGGCGCUUGUUGAAAUGCCAUUCAAGUGUGUCAAACAUCAACAGAUUAUGAGAGAACUUGUCUUAAUUCCUUGCCUUAAUCGAAAACUCAAAAGCCCUCUUCCAUUCUCUUCGUCUGUUCUUCGGCAUAUAUUAUCGCCAUAAAAAAUUGCGAGAUGUGUCUAAAAAAAUGAUUGAAUUUAUUCUUGUUCUGGAUUAAAUUUUUUUGUGAUACUUAACAAUUUUUGAAUAUAAUUUUGACCUGCAAAUAUAUAAAGCCUUAUAACGCGUCCUUAUACCUGUAUAUGAAUAAUAAACGACCUGUAAGGUUGAGUCUCAUCCCCGUUUGAAUGUCAAGGUAUGGAAAUGAGGAAAAUUCUUUCCCAAGAAAUGUGGAAGUUCUUUUUUAGACUUUUUCUCGUCAUUCGAAGAAGAGCAAAAGCCGGAAACUUCCAGAGGCUUCUUAUAUUGCCGUGAAAGAAGCUCUUCCGCUUCCAUAUAGACAAGCCGGUAUAUAGAAACCUUUGAUCUCUGGGCUGGAUCUGGGUAUAUGAUACUUUACUUAUUCUUCGCCGUGAUAACUUUGAAUCCGAUUCAAAUGUUUUUUCUUCAACUUAUUCCUGUCUACCAGAGGAACCAAAAUGUCUCACUCCUACGCAUUAUCCGCUUUUGUGGACGAAUGAAUACAAUAAAAUACUCUAAAGUUCAGCUCAAGCAAGGUGCUCAAAAUUAAAGCCAGAUAUUGUUGGUUCACACGUAUUCGAAGCCGGAGAGCAUAAUCGAUGAUCCGCGGGACUGAUCUUUGGAAAAUAUUUUCAGAACAUGAGUUUCCUUAAGCAAAACUUUCUUCGAACGCACGGAAAAAUAUUUUUCGACGUACAGCUGAAUUUGGACUGGAGGACUGGACAAAAAUACCGAAAACUACUCAAUUUUUCUUCCAAAUCAUAUUUUUACGAAUCGACGAAACGAAUGGCAACCCGGAAUAAUCUAUCUAAAGAAUAAGUUGAGGAUUUGUUUUGCGGGCUGAAUUUUCGUGGUUAGUAUAAAGAGACAGGACGAAAUUAAAGGACAGAUUUAAAACAAACCUCUUCAUCGCACUUCAGAAAAAAUGAACUAUCUUUUUCUUCUGAGUUAGUUUUUUUCAAAUGCGUGCUGGUAACAAAAUUACAGUAUAAAACAGUUGUUAGGAAUCCGAUUUAGAAUUAAUAUGAAUGGACUUGCUUUUUAAUGCUUUUGCAUAUAUGCGUUAGCCCGGAAAUAUGAAUAUUUUCUUCCCCGAGUUGAAUCGUCCAGUUUUGUUUAGCAGCCGUUUUCUCUGCGAAGUUCGUUCGAAAAUUGCGCAAUUCUCUGAGAGUAACGAGUUUUCCAGCACGUCCAUCAACCGGACAUACAUCAAAUCAUCAUCCGACCUUGCCAUCAUGAACUCAUGAAUUCAGUGAUGUGCGUUCUAACAUAAUCUAAAGAAGAUCUUCCUUGAGUCGCCUCGUUUUUUUACUGCAAAAUCUUGCUCGAGCGACUAUAUAUACGCUUUGCGACUUCAUUAGCAUUAAUGGCGCCGUAGCAUUAAAUAUAGAUGCAAAUCCCCGUGCAGACUUCCCACAGUCUGCCCCGCUCCAUCAGGCUCGCAUUAACUGGAUCAGCGGUGAGGAGAAUUUUCACCGACGUCUGAAUAUGUCACAUCACAUGUAUAGAGGAGUUUUUUAUACACUUUGCACCUGUUUCGUCUUAUGUCCUCGUCUUACAGUUUUGAUGUGAUACGGGAAUGACAGAAACAUUAAACACGAACGUUACAUUUUCAGAGUAAAUAUUAUUUUUUUCUGCAUUGGCUUGUAGCUCGUUUGCUGUAGAAGUGGGACGAGAGACAGGGUUUCGCGGGUACUUCAUGCGUGAUUAAUGCACGAGCUAUAUUUUUUUAAGCAUUCCGAGGUAUUUUUUUAAAAUAAAAGUUAUUAAGUUACACCUUUCACGAAUACUUGCUUUCUCAUCAUCAAUCUGAAAUUUUCGGUAUACCUUGCAUAAUGGUUUAAUCAGGAAAGGAGACGAACUCUUACGAAAUAAUAUUUUGAAAU